GCACGUCGCCCGAGAACGUGGUGAACUCGACAUCCAGCCGGCCGUGCUCUGGGAGAUCUUUUUGGGAAGCCAUCAUCAGUGUUGAAGCGAGGAACGGCCAUAUUGGAUUAGAACAUGGCGUCCUCCGAUUACCUGGAGGUUGUUAUUAAGCCCGAUAUUCAAGAAGUAGAGAUUGAGUCGAUGCCCGUAGACAUGCCGUGCGAAACCGUGGAGACCACCAUCGACUACGGCUCCGGCGAGCCCAUGAUCGCGCUGCAGCCCCUCCCCGAGCCCGGCAGGGAGGAGAUCAUUCUCCAGACCCAGGAAGAGAUUGUGUGCAGUGAGGACCCGCUAACGUCUGUUUACGACCAAAUGCAAGUGCCGGACCAAGAGAUUUACGUCGAGACGAGUCCGGGGCCGUCGAGAAAAGGUCGCAAGGGCAAGCGCGGCGGUCGUUUCAAAGGCGACAACUUCCUGAGCGACGGCACCGAGACCAAGGCCCGCAAGUGGGAGCAGAAACAAGUCCAAAUCAAAACCCUGGAGGGCGAGUUUUCCGUGACCAUGUGGGCGUCCGGGACAGAUGAUGAUGAAUGCAGUAAUGAUGAAGACGACACGGACCAGGAUACCAGUGACUACCUUAAAAAGAAUUCAGCUGACGGAAUGCCUGGCCUGGACCUCAGUGACCCCAAACAACUUGCUGAAUUUGCAAGACCUGGUCACAAAAUGAGGAAAAAAGAGCCAAGUGAUGGUGUGGACAGAACUAUUGCAUGUCCGCACAAAGGUUGCACUAAAAUGUUCCGUGACAAUUCGGCAAUGCGCAAACACUUACACACACAUGGUCCCAGGGUACAUGUGUGUGCAGAAUGUGGCAAGGCAUUUGUUGAAAGCUCUAAGCUCAAGAGACAUCAACUUGUUCAUACAGGAGAAAAACCUUUCCAGUGUACAUUUGAAGGUUGUGGAAAGCGCUUUUCUCUUGAUUUCAAUCUCAGGACACAUGUUAGGAUUCAUACAGGUGAUAGACCAUAUGUUUGUCCAUUUGAUGGUUGUAACAAAAAGUUUGCACAGUCAACCAAUUUGAAAUCUCAUAUCUUAACUCAUGCUAAAGCAAAGUCAAGGAAUCCAGGAAGAUCGGUCCCCAUGAUUCACGCCCAACCAUUUGUACCCCAGUAUGUACAAGUUGAAAUGGGUGACACAGAUAAUCAACAAUUCAUUGUUUAUGCUGAUUAGAAGACUGCUGUUUUUGUGGAGAGACUGGAUGGGAUCAAGUGAAGUGCCAGUGCCUAGGUGGAAGUGGCUGCUGAGAAGUUGUGUACCACCUUGUGUGAAGUGAACUUUUACCCUAUUUUGAGGAGUUUGUGAGAAACUUAUUGCUAGCUUUAUAUUUAAUUGAAAUAGUGGCAUUACACUUUUGAUAGUUGUAUAUACUUUAAAAAUGCCUGAUGAACCUGUCGUCAACAUGCACUGGAAAAUCAUUUUCAUAGCUUUCAGUAUGUGUUUCUGGAAAUGCACAUCUGUAAAAACCUGGUACCUGCCCAAACGUGAUAUUUUGAAACUGAAAGACGACAGGAGCUCAUGCAGAUCUGAAGAGUGUCAGUGCUACGUUGUCCUAUAGACUCGGUCUGUGUGCAUUUUGUGCUUUUCUCUUUAAAAGCUCAAGUGCAAGGCAUUGUUUUUACUCUUGCAAUUAGGUUUUAUGUCCGGUGUUUGUCACCAAAAAGUCAUUUUAUGUAGGGGUCGAGUGUGUGUCUCUAAUUUGAAAUUCCUGUAAAGUACCUAAAUUAAAUUUUCCAGUAUGGCCCCU